UGUUCCUGGUUGGUUCAGACCCGAUUACGACCUGGUUUAGCCCCAGUUUUGACUUCAAACUUUACUUUUUGUUUAAUUGUGACAGUUUUUUUUUAAGUUAUGACUUGUGGCGCAAACGAAUGGUGCGCCCGUUUUGUGGAGCGACAUCGUUCAGCCUUGAAUGUCACAGCUUUAGUUCUUGGAUAUGUUUUGUAUCUCAUCAUAGGAGCUGGGAUUUUCUCCGCGAUUGAGCUUCCGUACGAACGUGAGCUGCGCCGGGAGCUGCAGGACGCACGGAGGGAGUUUCUGAACGCGAGCCCGUGCGUGGAUGAGGAAAGGCUGGAAAAGCUUCUGGCGCGGGUCCUGGAGGCGAGUAACUACGGGGUGACGAUACAGACGAAUGCCUCCGAUCAAAACUGGGACUUCAUAUCGUCUCUUUUCUUCACCAGCACCGUCCUGACCACAACAGGUUAUGGCCACACGGUGCCUCUUUCCGACGAGGGGAAAGCCUUCUGCAUCUUCUACUCUCUUUUCGGGAUCCCGGUCACCCUGCUUUUCCUGUCCGCGGUGGUGCAGAGGAUCAUGCUCGUCGUUACCCGGCGACCCAUCUCCUACUUCCACAGACGCUGGGCGAUGUCGAAGUCCCUCUUCGCUUUCCUCCACGCGACCUGCAUGGCGAUCAUCCUCACAAUACUCUUCCUGCUCAUCCCUUCUUGGAUUUUUGUCACAAUGGAAGAAGACUGGAACUUCCUGGAAUCGUUGUAUUUUUGUUUCAUCUCCUUGACGACCAUCGGCUUGGGAGAUUAUGUCCCAGGGUCCACGCAUAGUAAAGAAGGACGCUCGCACCCGACUCUCUACAGACUGGGAAUCACAGUGUACCUGUUGGUGGGUCUGAUCUGUGUUCUGGUGAUGCUGGAGACGUGCUGCGAGCUGCCGCAGAUGAGGAGGUUAAGACAAAGAUUUUACCGCGAGAAGAUUCACGAACUGGACCCGGAGACCACCAACAUCAUCGACCGGGACCAGCUGAGUGAGACGCCCCAGUACACCGCCGACCCACUACCCACAAUCCCCUCUGUCUCCGAGCAGGCGGCGUCCAUGAAGAAAGACUCGGGAUAUACCUCAGCGAACGGGAUGAACGGGAAACUCAGAUGACAGGAUUUCAGAGUUUGUCUUGUAAAUACGUCUUCUAAGAUUAUUUAUAAUGGAAACGCAUGGGGCACUUUUGCAUUGCCUGACUAACAAACCGUUUAGACAUAUUUAAAGAUGAACUGUGGAACUUUUUGUGUAUGCGGAUGUUUUUGCUUUCUCUGGAAUGAUCCCCAGUGUGGCUUUAAAUUGGUCUAACUCCAUGGAGACAAACAGAUAAACUCACCAGGCCAAGUUACAGGUCAGAUCAGUGAAAAGGCGACGCCGCUACUCCGUGUAUCAUUCGUUCAUUUGUUUUUCAAAAUAAAACCAAAAAUAAGAAAAUGAAAAAAUAAAAAGACUAUUUUCUUCAUUAUUUGUCUCCAAAACCAAAAUGAAUGUUUUAAUGAAUAAUGGAAAAAACGGAUAACGGAUUUUUCCUGUUUCUGUGACUUAAACUGUGAUGCCAAAUUUUUCGCAGCAUACAGACUGAACCAGGACUAAAACAGGACUGAACCAGGACUA